AUGGCAUCGGAAAUCAGGGAUAUUGACCCAGCAUGGCCACCCGGCACUGUUCGCAUUGAAGGGGCUUCCGAGUGUGACCGCGGAUCGAACGUUAUCCUACAACCAAAGCCAAGUCAUGACCCCAACGAUCCGCUGAAUUGGUCCACAUGGCGCAAGCACCUCAACUUUUCCUUGGUUUCCUACUAUGUGAUGAUGGUUUUUGCACUAAUCGAUGUGGCAACGGUAACCUGGGGUCCUGUCAACGCCGAGCUCGGGUUCAGCUUCGAGAUCCUGAAUGACAGCUACGCAGCAGGAUGUGGUGCGCUCUGCAUCGGAAGUGUGAUUAUCAUCCCCUUUGCCCUGAAAUAUGGUCGACGGCCAGUAUAUGUCUUUAGUACUGCCUUCCAAUGCGCUAUCAGCGUGUGGACGGCACGGAUGAUGAACGUCGCGGACUUAAUGGCAGUCAAUAUCCUGAGCUGCGUCGUGGGGGCAUUGGCAGAAGUGCUGGUUCAGAUGACGGUAGCAGAUAUCUAUUUCGUCCACCAGAGAGGUUUGAUGAAUGGUAUCUACGUCUGGAUCAUGACCGUGGGAACUAGCCUGUCUCCGCUGGCUGGCGGGUACAUCGUGGACUCACAGGGCUGGCGUUGGGUCUGGUGGUGGAUGGUGAUCUUAUUCGGUGCCGGAUUAGUCGCCUUUCUAUUUCUAUAUGAAGAAACAAAGUUUGUUGCAACCCCUACCGAGGAAGCUCCUCCCUCCAUGUCACCAGCGAAGGUCCAAAACAGAAAGGGAAGUUUUGAGCAUCAAGAAAACGUGACAAAUGAUGAGGAAAAUCCACAAGAAGACAACAAAAUGCGACGGGAAGCGGAGAGAGGCAACUGGAUCGACCCUUCUAUUCCCAAGAAGACCUAUCUGCAGAGGCUUGCGCUGUGGACGAUCUCACCGAGCUCUCUAGCCAACUUCGCCCGUUAUAGCUACGAGCCCUUCGUCAUGCUUUUCACCAUUCCGGCCAUAUUUUUUAUGGCGGUUGUGUAUGGAGCUAUGACAGCUGCGGUGACUGUGACCGUCACCACGCUGUCAUCUUGGAUGACCAUUCCGCCAUAUAAUUUCAGUGCCGCGCAGAUUGGCCUGAUGGGUCUCCCCUCAUUUAUUGGCACGUCCUUGGGAAUCCUCCUCGCAGGGCCCUUAAGUGACAAACUCAUUGUCCUUCUCGCGCGGAGGAACAAUGGCAUUUAUGAGCCCGAGAUGCGCCUUUGGCUAUCCUUGGCAUUUACUCCCUUUGUACCUGCGGGGCUCAUCAUGUUUGGAAUCGGCUUAGAUCGGGGGCUUCCGUGGCCAGUUCCAGCUGUAGGCCUCGGACUAGCGUCCUUUGGCUCAACACCACCCAGUAGCGUCUCUCUCACGUACCUAACUGAUGCCUACACCGAUAUUGUGGCGGGCUCUCUCGUGGGUGUUACCUUCAUCCGCAACCUAAUCUCCACGGUCUUUGUCUUUGCUCUGGCUCCCUGGAUUGAUAGUUCUGGGCUCACGGGCUUUUACAUUACAUUCAGUGUGAUCUUAACCGUCAUACUCCUUGGCAAUGCUCUGUUUAUCAUCUAUGGGAAGAGACUUCGGGUUCUAGGCGCGAGAAGAUAUCGAUAUUUUGCCGGGAAGCAGAUCGACCUCCGGGAAUAA